AUGCAGAAGGAGUUGUUCUUGCGCAUCGUCGAGGCUGUUCAAGGUGAAGAUACUUAUUUUCAGAUGAGUCAUGAUGCACGAGGUCGGAACUCUCUCACGCCUUUGCAGAAAUACACGGCGGCUAUCCGCCAAUUAGCCACCGGCGUCAGUGAGGAUACUUUCGACGAGUAUCUCAAGGUCGCCGACACGACAGGGCGUCUAUGCCUCAAGAGAUUAUGCAAGACAGUCAUUCGGGCUUUCAAAGCCGAGUAUCUUCGACGUCCUACGCAGGCGGACAUCCAACGCCUUCUUCAGAUGCACAAGGAGCGACACGGAUUUUUUGGGAUGCUUGGGAGUCUUGAUUGUGAAAGAGCUGUCCAUUGGAGAGAUGACGACGCAGGACAUGGGGCGUCUAGCAGUGACUCGUCCGAGAGUGCUCGAGCAACACUGAUUUGCUUCAAGGAAUACGUGCAAAGAGAUGCAAUUUUUUGA